UUGCAAAUGUUCCUUUUAUACCCGGAAAAACGAAACGGACACACAAAUACUUUAGCCCCUGACACACACAUACACACUCACGCGCAUCUAAUCUUACGCGAUUCGUUCACGCUCUGUCUUCUCUUGGCGCAAACUGCACGUGUGUCACUGAUGCCUAUAAGGAUGCACUCCUACAGAAAUAAUCAGAAAUACUAUACCCUCUGAAUAGACCUACAGUCUCGUGUGUAUAGCAGAACACUGGAACAAUGCUACCCGUGAUAGAAUGUUUGCUGUUCGUUCUCCAAAUCACUACAUUACAAACUUUAGCGCAAACGUUUGACUGCAGUAAAACACUGAAUGAAACACGGACUAACUUUACUAAGGCUCUGCAAGAAACAAACCGAACUUUUCUUUGCGAGUCACCAGUUCAAGGGUUAGCAAGCAUGGCGGUCAACAAGUGCUUUGAGGAUGUCACAUUUCGACUCUAUUUCCUCGAGUUCAACGAGCAGAUCAUUGAGAAGAACUGUACCAACAAUUUGGAAGACGAGGUUUACCCCAAUGGUGAGUAGUGCACGUAUUUGUUUAAACCAUUAAAACAUUUAGACUGCUUAAGAUAUAAAUAUAAAAUAAUACAAUAUGAUUUUUAAGAAAGACCAGUAUACGUUACUGUAUA